AUGUCUACAAGCACCUACCUCUCCAACAACGCCGUCAGACAGGCAAUCAACCAACUCAACCCCAACCACCCAGGCCGCAACACCGCCAUCCUCGGCGUCUGGAACAGCAUCCUCUCAACCCACUUCCCCACCUGGCAAGGCUACAUCGUCAGUCCCCGCGAGCACGGCUGGUACAACGAGCGCGACCUCUGGUACGACCUGCAAGUGCAGCACGUCCGGGGCAACGCGCCCAACCCCCAGCCCUUCCUGGUGGUAAUCUGCCGCACGGCCGCUUCGCAUGCCAACGCCAACGAGGGUCUGGCCGAGUGGACGACUCAUUUAGAGCUGUACCUGGAUAUGAUCUAUGGGAAGAGGCGUCGGCCGGGCCGGCAGGUGCGUGUUUACGGGAUUAUUGCGCAUGGGCUUGGGGCGACGUUCUUCUCGUAUGAUAUCGGGGAUGAUAUGCCCCUGCUUAUCUUCCGGGAGCAUGCGAUGGAUGAGAAGGAGGAGUUCCAUUUGCUGCAGGAUCAUGAGAUGAUUCAGAGCUUUCUGGAGACUAUUCGGGUUCGGCACUGA